UUGUAUACACCUCAGUGGAUUCCCAAGCUCGGCGUCGGAAUGACGUCUCCCUUCGACGGAGUGGCCUGCUUCUGGCUGUCGCUGAUCUGGAUCCAACUGGCUCUCAUCAACGCAGGCCUGGAGUUCCUAAAGGAUUUCGUACCCCUUCACCUGGUGCGUCUGCGAGAGAUCGAGGACGAGGAGCGGCAAAUCGAGGGCGAGUGCACCCUGGGCGCCAUCAGCAUUCAUACAGAGGGAAAGACCUUCUAAACAGUCAGUGGAAACAGAGGGUUUGCGGAGGACAUAACAAUGCCCAGUUUUUUGAUAACAUAAUCAGCCUGAUCCUGACUCCUAACUCCAAAUGCCUCGAAG